AACAUAAACAGUCCUAUUUUAGACCACAUGUUUAGUUCUUGUAAUGACACAUGGUAAUAUAAAUCGCUAUUUCUCAUUGUCGGUUAGUCGGAUGCUGCCGGCAAAAAGUGAGUGAUCUCCGAAGAGAAUCAAGUUGCUUGUGAUAUGUUUAUAGCGAUCGAUGACAGGAAGUAGGGUGAACAAAAUGGACGUUUCCGUGUUGAUCCAAUCGAUUUUGCUGAUUUUUUGCGCCGGGAGGGUUCACAGCGAAGUGUUCACGGCACUCGCCGACCUGGAGGAGCUUCUCCAAACCGAGUCCUCCUUGAUCUACACCCUGGAGAAUUACAUCCGGGCCGAGGAGGAGAAGCUGGACUAUCUGAAAAGAUACGCCCAUAUUUACAAGAGCCAGUACGAAAAGGCAGCCGAAGACGUCCAAGUGUACGUCGCGAACCCCAUUAACGCCUACACCUUAGUGAAGAGACUCACCGCUGAUUGGAAGGAAGUCGAGAAUCUCAUAACCAUGGAUCUGAGUCCGGACUAUAUGGAAAAUAUCACCUACAUUAAGGAAAAUAUGAAGUUUCCGACAGACGAAGAUCUGAAUGGUGCCGCUGUUGCCUUAACCCGACUCCAAGACACCUAUCGGUUGGAGACUUCGUCUCUAGCUAGAGGGGAGUUGAACGGGAUCAAGUACAGCUCUGAAUUGAGUGCCGCUGAUUGCUUUGAACUAGGACGGCAGUCCUACAAUAAUGAAGACUAUUAUCACACUCAGUUGUGGAUGCGGGAGGCGGACUCGAGACUCAACCGGGAAGCGAACGAAACGGUGGGCAGGAGCGACAUUCUGGAAUAUUUAGCCUUCUCGACUUACAAACAAGGUAACAUCCGUCUGGCGCUCGACCUAACCAACAAACUCCUCGAAAUCUUGCCAACCCACACUAGAGCCCUAGGUAACAAAGUCUACUACGAAGACGAGCUGCAGAAAAUCGUCGAGGAGAAACGAAAAGGUGACGACGGCUCCGAAGCCAUCCAGAACGACGAAAUCAAACCCAACGACGGUGUCCACGGGCGCGAAUUCUACGAGCAGAUGUGUCGGGGCGAAAUCACCCUCUCGGACGCCAAGUUGUCAAAACUCAAGUGUCGCUACUUAAAUAAGAAUCAUCCUUUCCUGUUAAUCGCGCCGUUUAAAGUGGAAGAAGCCCACCAUAAACCGGAUAUCUUUAUCUUCCAUGAUGUGUUGGCGGAUAGCGAAAUAGCGACGAUAAGGCGGAUGGCGCAACCUAGAUUCAGAAGAGCUACUGUGCAAAACACCGACACGGGCGAGCUCGAAAUCGCCCAAUACCGAAUCAGCAAGUCAGCUUGGUUGAAAGAAGAGGAACACAAACACAUCGCUGACGUUUCCCAGAGGGUGAGCGAUAUUACAGGCUUGACGAUGGCGACCGCUGAAGAACUGCAAGUGGUUAACUAUGGAAUUGGGGGCCACUACGAGCCCCAUUUCGACUUCGCUAGGAAGGACGAACUGAACGCCUUCAAGAGUCUAGGGACGGGCAACCGCAUCGCUACAGUGCUCUUCUAUAUGACUGAUGUUGAACAAGGUGGCGCCACCGUCUUCCCUAGCAUAAGUGUGACUUUGUGGCCGAAGAAAGGGGCUGCUGCGUUUUGGCACAACUUACACCCGAGUGGUGACGGGGAUAAAAUGACCAGACAUGCGGCUUGUCCAGUUCUGACUGGCUCCAAAUGGGUGUCGAAUAAGUGGAUCCACGAGCGUGGACAGGAGUUUUUGAGGCCAUGUACUUUAGACAGACCGAACGAGGAUUUCGUGGCGUGAAUGAGACUGUUAAACCCAGUGACGUAAUGAAUUUACCGUUAUUUAUUGUGAAUACUUGAUGUUAAGAUUUGUAAUAAAUGAAAUUUCGUACUUGAUAAUAUGGUAA